CCGCCCUAUGGUGAUGGGCGAGGUGAAGAUUCUGAAACGUGGUGAAGCGUUGACCAAGCCGGUGCCUUUGAAGGACGAUAACAGAAAGGUGAGUGGUGGAGUAGUUGAAGAUUUGGUGUUGUCGACUACAGAUCGGCUUGGUCCAGAGCCGAAUAUGGUGCCGAAGCAGAUAAGGAUCGGUGAUUUUUAUGCUGGAUCGGCUUUUGUAACUUCACCGCCUCCGAGCUCUUUGCCUGUGCCGGCUUUCUUCAACAAGAAGAAAAGUGAGAGUACCAACGAUGCUACUAGUGACUUGAGGCGUCUUCUCAGGCUCGAUCUGUCAUGAACGGUGGGAGUAGUUGAACAAUAAAACUUGAGCUUUGUUUGUUGCAGUUAUGGUGAUGAUCCUGGGAUGGUAAAGUGAUGGUGGUGUUGAUGGUGAUGGGGGUUUAAGUCUUUGAAUAAGAAGUUUGUGUUUUGCUCCCGGCUCGCGAAAACUUCCCUUAUUUUUUCAAGGGGAAGGACGAGUUGGCAAAGCAAUUUGUCAAAUUUCCUUGUUUAAGUUCCUUUAUUGUACCUUCCGUUAUAGCAGAAAAGUAGAUCUAGCUUAGGUUGCUGUUUUGGGUUGAUUUAGAAUAUACUAGUAACUUGUAUAGUCUGGUCAGAAGUUUGAGUCUUUCGUUUAAGCCUUUGUUGUUCUUAUUUUAGGGUCAGUAGGUCUAAUUUCAGUAGGGUAGUGGCUUAGAGCAAUUAAAAGCUCUGUAAUACCCUUCUGUAUCUUAUGUUGUGUCUCUUUGUUUUUAUUUAUGUCUUUAUCUUUAUAGUUUAUGUUUCAUGAAGCAGUAAUGAGAAAUUUUAUAUUUUUUGUGUCA